CCGGCCGGCGUUACAUUCGUGGAAAUUCUCGUGCGAGCGGUGGACACACGGUCGCGAGUCGGUACGAAUCGAAAGGCAUCCCAAAGAGGCAAAGCCAGAGACGGAGAGAGAGAGGGAGAAUAAAAGCUGCUCUGUUGAGAAGGACGAAAGAGCACGAAGAGGAACCGAACGCGCUCGAAGUAUCACGCCGAUUCGAUCACGAAGCAAGGAGAUUCCUCCGUCUCUUUUCUUCGGCUCGAAAUUCUCUUUAUUGUAUUUUUCAUUAUUUACGCGCUCGUUUCCCCUCUCAGAAGGCUCUUCUAAUCUCGUUCGUCCUUAAAUACUUUUUAAAUUAAUAAAUCAGACGCGAUACUUUCUUGGAAAAUUGCGCGAACGGGCAAAAGUGGCGCGUUCGAUCUAGCAAAAGAACAGUACAAAUCGACAAAACGAGCGGGAGCAAGUUAUACUCGGAUCUCAACUACGCGGAUCUUAAUUUUCGAUACAUCCGAUACCGUCCUUAUCCUUCGAGAUGGGCUCCAAGAACGAGUGGGACUAUUCGAGCCGAAACGGACCCAGCACUUGGGUGGAGAAAUUCCCAAUGGCGGCGGGUUCGAGGCAGAGUCCGGUGAAUAUCGAAACCGACCGGGUAGAAUCCGAUCACGAGGCUCUAAGUAGCAAACCUCUUCGUUGGAAAUAUCCUGCUACUGCAUCCCGGAAGUUGGUCAAUCCAGGAUAUUGUUGGAGAAUCGAUACCGAUGGCGAUGGGACUCUUUUGAGCGGUGGACCUCUCAUGGAUGAUAUUUAUAAGCUCGAACAGUAUCAUUGCCAUUGGGGAUGUAGCGACUCGAGAGGUUCCGAGCAUACCGUUGACGGUCAAGCUUUCGCUGGCGAGCUCCACUUGGUUCAUUGGAACACAAGCAAGUACAAGACAUUCGCGGAAGCUGCGAAAGCGUCGGAUGGUCUCGCGGUGUUGGGUGUCUUCCUCAAGGUUGGUAAGACCCACGAGGAGAUGGAUAAGAUCGCACGUUUAUUGCCAUACGUGUCGCACAAGGACGAAGUUGUAGAAAUAGCGGAUCUCAUUGACCCCAGCAAGUUGCUUCCCGUGCGCGGUGGACGAGUCAGCACGCAGAGAUGCGCUAAUCCGUGCAUGCGUUGGGCCGACCGAAUCAUACGUCAUGAGAACAAAUUGGAUUUUCAAGACGAUAACGGUUAUUGGACAUAUUUGGGAUCCCUGACAACUCCACCGUUUAACGAGAGCGUCACAUGGAUUCUCUUCAAGAAAUACAUCGAGGUGUCUCAUCACCAGCUCAACAUCUUUCGUAAUCUGCGUAAAUUCCCACGCGGAGAGGAAUGUCCUUGUCACGAGAAUCACGGGGCUGUGAUCAACAAUUUCCGUCCACCGCUGCCGCUAGGAAAUCGUGUGCUAAGGGAAUGUGGCAGCUUUUAAACUUUUCUCUUUCCUUCUUCCUCCCCCCCCCCCCUCUCUCUCUCUCUCUCUCUCUCUCUCUCUCUCUCUCUCUCUCUCUCUCUCUGUCCUCUGUUGCAAGAAGAUAGAAGAUUCGUCAAGUUCAGUAGCCGAAUUAGUAACGUUCGUAAUGGGUCUUCAAAUCGUGGAGCUUUCCUUCGUAAUCUAUCUGCGUAACAACUACGUGCCUUGUGCUCCUCGAAAUCCACGGUUUUCUUUGAUUUCUGCACGAGGCAAAAGUGUGUCGUUAAAAAUCAAAAACUGCGGAAAUAAGAAAAAUGACAAACAAAAAAUAUUACAUACGAGUGACUUAUCGACGGUCUAUUUAGUAAAAUAGGUCUAUUUUAAAUGGAUUCUUUACAACUGUUAAAUAUUAAUAUCGUGAGACAUUUUUAGAUAUAACGAAAUACAUAGGUAAAAAAAACUCGAAAAUGCUUUAGUUGCACUUUUGAGAAUAUAUGUCGAUAGCACGGUGCUUCUUUAUAAUAAGCUCUGAAGAAGUAAUACUUAUUGUUAGUCAUUGAGAAUAAUCGUGGUAAACUACUCUGUUCCAAGUGCAAUUAAUUAAAAUGAUUGCGUAUGGACGGUCAUUGUUGCAUAUUUGAUAAUAUUUGUGUUUGUGAGAUAUAAAUAUAUAGUUAUAUGUUUGUAUGACACUGUGUAAACUCUGUGUAGGAUCGAUCUUGUUCUAUUUUUCUUUCUGUUACUAAUAAUUUUUAUGACGAUUUAAACUCGUUACGGUAAAACGUAAAAACGUAUUGUCUUAAAUUUAACCGAAUUCAUUCCGUACUUUUUCAUCAUACUAUUGUCAAUGCUUACCGUUCAUUUUAUAACUAGUUUUAUUCUAUUUUUAUAAAAUGUCAUAUAUAGUAUGAAAAAUAUCAACGCGAGAAUAGACAUCGAAAGAAAUCACAUUGGUUCGAUCCUCCUUGUUAAAAAGAAACAAAAAACAAAAAAAAAGAAAAAGAAGUGAAAUGAAUAUACAGAAAGAUAAUCAAAUUCAUAAUGUUUACAUAAAAUGUUAUUCAUCGUUGUUAAAUGUGAAUGAAUAGCGAUAUUUGAUAGAAAAAUAGUUAUAGUAUAUUUAUAAAGCAAAUGUACCAACAUAACUGUGUCGAUGUUUGUGAAAAUCGGGAGAUAGUUUCCUAUGAGAAAACGAAGGAAAACUUAAUGUUGGAAAGAAAGAAAUGAAAAAGAAAAAAGAA